GAAGCGAGAUGACAUGUGAAAUGUGAAAUAAGUGGUGUAGUUAUAAAGUGGACUUUGACUGCCAGCUUUGUUGCCCAUUACCUUUUGCCUUCUUGAAUGUUAUUAUCCUCACACCGCAUUAUUCUGAAGCGCCUGCAUUUCAAGCCCUCAUCGUUAUCCUUGCUACAACCUACAUUCCUGCAAAUCCCUUCAUUCGCCAUCAAGCAAAGGUCAGGCUUUCACCCCCGGACUACUUAUAACAUGUCUUCGAUCGCACGUCUACCUGCUGGCAAGAAGUCUGAAUGGAAAGACGGUUUGAUGAAAGAGGUGGCUUUGAAUCCCGAAGAUGAAAAGUCGCCAAAAGUCUUAGUGUCACAAGUCAACGGUACAAUCUAUGCUACGUCUGCAAAGUGUACCCACUAUGGCGCCCCACUUGUUAAAGGGGUUUUGACUUCGGAGGGCUGCCUCACUUGCCCAUGGCACGGCGCAAAAUUCUCAGUAUGUACCGGCGAUAUCGAGGAUGCUCCUGGUUUGGACAGUCUGCAGGCAUUCAAAGUGGUGAUCACCGAUGAUCAAGUGUUUGUGGAGGUUGAAGCAGAUGUGGUCAAGAAAACGGAAUACGGUCGAAAGCCACAGGCGUGCAAAGCUUCUCGGUUUCAAGAACCAGGCGUGGUUAUCAUUGGAGGAGGGUCGGGUGGCCAUCACUUCAUUGAGGAGCUUAGUAGACUCAAUUACCCUGGAAAAGUGACGAUGAUCACUGAGGAGCCACACUUACCUAUUGAUCGAACGAAGCUUUCCAAGGCACUUAUUACCGACCCUGGUAAAAUCGCGUUAAGAGACGAAGGCUUUUACAAGGAGUCAGGCAUUGAUGUCAAGAUUGGUAUCUCAGUCAAAAAAAUCGACCUCGCAAAGAAAGCAGUGGAAUUGUCCGAUGGUAGCACAGUGCCUUAUGCCCAAUUGGUCGUUGCAACUGGCGCAAAAGCUCGUACCUUACCAAUCGAUAACAAGGAUCUCAAAGGGAUCUGUACUUUGAGAUCAAUCGAGGAUACGAAGAAGAUCGAACCACUCAUCACUUCACAAAAGGGAGAGAAGAAGUCACUAGUUUUGAUCGGUUCUAGUUUUAUCUCCAUGGAGCUCGCUGCAUUCGCCUCCAAGAAGGAGAAUUUGACCGUGCAUGUGGUUGGUAUGGAUAGUGUGCCACUGUCUAACAUUCUAGGUGAAAAGAUCGGUCAAGGAUUGAAGAAGUUUCAUGAGAAAAACGGCGUCAUAUUCCAUAUGAAUUCCGGUAUCAAAAAAUAUGUUCCUUCUCAGCAUGAUUCUUCACAAGUGGGAGCUGUUGUUCUCAAUGGAGACGAGACUCUCACGUGUGAUUGUGUGGUUCUAGGUGUAGGUGCCCAACCCAACACAGAACUUUUACGAUCAGCUGGAUUCGAACUCGAAAAAGACGGGAGUGUUUGUGUAGACGAGCAUAUGCGUAUCAAGGAUCCCAAAGCUGAAAACAACAUCUUCGCAAUUGGUGACAUUGCCAAGUAUCCAGACUUACUCACUAAUGGAGAUCUUACCAGAAUUGAGCAUUGGAACGUGGCUGGAAACCACGCAAGAACAGCAGCCAAAAACAUCUCUCGUGGUCCCUCUUCUGAGCAGGUAUCUUUUACUAAGCCAGCUAUCUUCUGGUCUGCUCAAGGUCAACAAUUGAGAUAUGUAGGCACGGGUAAAGCGUCACAAUGGAAAGAUGUGAUCAUCGAUGGUAAUCCGGAUGAGAUGAAAUUUGUGGCAUACUAUUACAUUGAUCAAGAGGUGGUAGCGAUUGCUACAAUGCAAAGGGAUCCUAUAAUGGUCCAAGCUGCUGAACUACUCAACCAACGAAAGUUUCCAUCGGUGUCCGAGAUUAAGAAGGGCGUGGAUGUAAUGACUCUAAAAUUAUGAAGGCUCAAUAUCAUGCCUCAUUUUGUAAAUCAAUCAGUCUAAAGAGACGAAUUGAGAGAAUAUAUAUGUACAUUACAAAAGUAGCCUGUUGCAUUAAGGCGACGAUGUCUUUUUGUAGCAUUAUGAAAAUUCAAUUCUUUGUGAUUGAUCACUU